AUGCUUCGUAUCUUCAUCAAGAUCGCCUUUCUAUUACAUUCCUUGGGGAUGCAUGGCCUGAAUGCCGAAAAGCCAUUAUAUACGGUCGACUGUAACGGAGGGGUUUCGUAUUACUCAGGUGGGCUUUACAAUGUAGAAUGCAGGUCGAUUAUUAACGGGGUAGAAAAGCAUUACCACUGCAGCAAAGAAGAUUGCUGGAAUGAUUAUCAUCAAUGGAUUCCUUUUACUCGGUGCCAACUCGACAAAUCUCCGAACAAGGAUUUCAGCAAUCAACAAUGCUCGCAGUAUAAUUACUUGGGAUCGAAGGCUAAGGGUUAUAGCUGUACCAACCCGGGAGAUAAAAAAUACGUUUGCCCAAACUAUAGUCCUGAUUUUUUGCUGGCCUUGAGGUGUGAGCAUUGCCGUGCCGGAAACUGGUAG